AUGCAAACUUUAGACGUUUACAAGAAAGAGGAAGGAAAGAUAUGGCAGCGAAAACCAUCUCCUUCUCCGGAAGAGGGGUGAGAUUUUCUUGAUGUGAUGUUUAUUACACUGGAAUCACAAUUUGCAAAUAGUGUCUAUUUUGACUGCUGUUUCGAUCCCUCACAGUUUGGUAGUCUGCAUCAGUCAUUCCACAACAAGUGCUUUCUCGUUACAAGGAAGAAAUAUCCGAUUCCUUCGAACGGCGUUCAGUUCAACUGGUGAAGCCUUUGCAGCUGGUGACCACCAGGGAAAUAUUUUUGUCUUUGAUUUAAUCAAAAAUAGGUGCGUUUAAUGAUUCAUCAGGCCGUCUACACUUAUAACUUUGUGCCCGAUAUCAGUUGUGUUAAUUUUCUCCUAAUCACCCAAAGGACUGAACAGAAGCACUUGAAAAGUAGCCAGCUUAUAUCUCAAUUUGUGGAAGUACGGGAUCCUAUAAUUUUUGUCGUAUCCUGUGCAGGUGCCUACAUUAUAAAACGUUGUACAGCUGUUCUUGCAAACCCGGGGAAUGUUGGAGAAAGAGAGGAGGGGGGGGGGGAAGGGCUAACUCAACAACAGUUUUGGGGGAAGAUCCUUCUCCUUGAGUUCUAAACUAAACUUGAAACGUGAGGAAUGGCAACCCUUUCAUAUAAGAGAGAACACCACAUCCCGGAGAAAUCCUGCAAAGUCAAGCAAAGACAAAAAAAUGUUUUGUUCAAAGCCUGUGCUCCUUUUUCUCUCCCCUUUCUCAAGAGUAACAUCGUAAUAUACUAACUUUAAUUUUCUUAUACCUUUCUGCUACCCUGUGAUGUGCUUCUAGGAUGUAAAAUACACUUCAACAGCAAAGUAUUCCUGUAUACCUCGAUAGCUAGUAAACAAAAUGUGCCAUCAUUACCCUUUGGAACAUGUGGUAUUUCAUGGUUUUCGUAAGCUCAUCAACAAUUCCAUUAUCUCUAUAUUCUCCAGGUUUUCAUUAAUCCACAAAACAGGAACUCCGUGCACAGCUCUUUCCUUUUGUUUGAGGAGAAAAAAUGAAGUGUUGGUGGCUCUUGCUGACAAUUCACUGAGAUGUUAUGAUACAGGUGCAUUUGAUCUCAUGGCUUUUCUGUAUAGUCUUUUUUUGUUUGUCUCUUUAAGAAGGCUGCUCUAAGAACAUGUAACAGGGGAGAAUGAAUAUCAUUGCUCCCCUCCUCUUUAACCCUUUAACUCAUAAGUGACCAAGACAGAAUUUCUCCUUACAAUAUCAAUACAGUAUCAACCAGACAAGUGACGAGAAAAAAAUUAUCUGAACUUACAUGGUAAGAAAUGUAUGGCAGACAAUAAUGAUAAUUAAUAGAGAGAUCUCAGGAGUUAAAGGGUUAAAGAUCAUACCCAAAGAAGAAAUUAAUUGAAGUAGUAAUGAAUUAUUUCCUUUAGUCUGAUUGAUUGAUUGCCAUGGAUUAAAGCUUCAGUAUAACAAAAGAAUAUUCUAUAUAGUGGUUCAAUAUCUGUAUGAGAAAAUUUAGACCCCCCACUAUCAAAAGUCAGCCAAAGAUAUCAGUGUGCAAGCCAGCAGUCUCUUUGAUCUCUCAUGCCUAUAAUAAAUACCCAGAUUAACUCUUCUUAAACCCUUUCUCCCCUAUAAGUGACCAACAUCUAAUUUCCCCUUACAAUAUCACCCUUUAAUUGUACAUUGAGGUUAUGAGAAUGAAGGAAAUGAUCACCAGCUAAAGAAGCUCUUGGUUGUUGAAAACAUUUUCCUUGUCAGCAACUCAGUAAAUGUAUACUAGAGAACAUUAGGGAGAAUAUGCAUACUGAUGUUAGGGUGUAAACGGUUAAUUUGUCAUCUGAGAAGGAUUCAGUUCUUUUUUUGAGACAAAUCUUAAUGAUUAUGUGGCUUGAACGUUGAUGAUUUCAUUUCAGAAACCCAUGAAUUAGUUAGCUGGAUGAAAGGCCAGGACUCAGCAAUCCAAAGUAUAUCAGUUCAUGCAUCAGGCCGUUAUGCAGUCACUUCAUCCAACUCUGUUGCUCAGUUGUGGGACUUAGACACAUUUUCCCGUAAAAGGACUUUAAAUGGAGCUCAAACUGUUGGAAUUCAGCAGGUUUGAAUUAAUAUUAAGUGGUGCAAACAGAAACCCUAAGAAAUGUUCAUGUUUUGACCCUUUCACUUCCAAGAUCUAAAUAGUGAUUCUAUUCACUUUUUGUCAUUCAUUGCUUAUAACUUUAGAUCUAAGAAUUUGGAGGUUGAUCAAACACUAUCCCUGUAGUUGAUAUUUUUUCUCCUCUCAUCACCUUCCUGCUUGAAAAUUAUUGUACAAUAGUGGUGAAAUGAUGAUGGAAGGGAACAAAUAGUUGACUAGUUAGCUUGUUGACCAAUAGGCAAGGAUUUAUAGAACAUUUUGCUUACAUCUAUAUUAAAAAGUGUUUAAAAAUGGUUUGGUAGUUUUUUAAUAUGUCAGUCAGACAUUUAUUUAUGCCAAACCUCUCCCAUUUCAUGCUCACUCUAAUUUACAAAUGAACUAAUAAGGUUGACACACUUACCUCAAGUUGGUAACAAAAGUAAAUGAGUCACUGACAUUUAAGGUAAAAUAUUCUUUACAUGUGACAUGUUGUAAUAGACAUGUACAUGUACAUGUCACUGUUCAAAUUUUUUAUUCCAUUUUAGACAAGUAUUAAAUUGAUUCACUAUUCAUCAGCUACAUGUAUGUUGUGGAAUUGAUUAACUUGGUGAGAAUUUGGUUGUUAGUCUAAAGCAAGAUUAAUUUUGAUUCUAAUAUGCUAGUCUUAAAAUGUUUUCAAAUAUCAUUCAGGUUUUGUUCCUGCCAUUGAGCAAUACCAUGGUGACAUGUUUCAAAGAUGACAGUUUAUUUGUAUGGGAUUCAGAAACACUCAAGUGUAAAUUCCAGCUUCCUGUUCCCCCUGAAGACACAAAACAGCCCCAUUACAAAACAUUAGCCACACCCAGGGAUGGCAGAUUACUUGUUGCAGGAGGAAGGUGAGUCUGCAUUCAAAGUUUUCCUCAAAGAUGUAGUUAUGACUUUAAAUUUAUCACUAUAAAAAAUACCAAAUUUUAGGCCCUGAAAAAUAUUCCUGUAACUGAUUGAUUCUGUACAUGUGUUACAACUAACUUAAUUUGAAUGAAAACUUGUUUUGAUUUUUUUUUUGUGUUUGUGAUGUUACUUUCCCCCAGUCUUCUCUUCAAAUCUAGUACAGAAACUGUGGCCAUGAAUUAACAGUGGUAUUGUCACACAUUUUUUCUUAAACCAAUGGCAAUAACCUUAAUUAUACGAAAUAUACUUUUGUUUCCUUUUCUUUUUUCAAUUUUAAUUUUUUUCAGGUCUCGAUUUCUUCAUGUGUGGAGUCUGGAGAACAAACGUCUUCUUCAUGUCAUUCAGCUUCCAGCGAGAGUUCGCCUUGUCAGACAACUGGAAUUCAUCAGUAACAGCUUUGAUGGAGGCAGCAGUCAGGUGUCAAUCCAUCAAUUUUUUUUUGUUGUUCCUAGUUUCCAUUAAAGUCAAUCAACUAUGGAAUUGAAUAAGUCAUGCCCUUCGGAAUUUGGUGAUGAGUGUUAUCUUUUGUGGUUGUAGAGGUCAUCACUGAAUCAGCAACUCCUUUUAGUAAUCAAUAAUUGACUAAUAAUGGCAUGGUUUAAUUAUUACAAAAUUAAGUGGAUUAUGAGCUCAAGAUUUCUGUCUCAUGAUGGCUGAUGAAGGCAAAGCCCAAAUAAACUAUUGAGGGUGAAUAAUCUUAUUUUUUUGUUUAAAUCUUCUAUUUGUUUAGAAGUAGUCAGCAAUUGAACAGGGUCAUUUUUUAAGUCUUUUUUUUUUAACAACUGUACACUGCAAGGCUACUCAUUAACUUGCUAUCUAAUUAUGGAAUAGGGGCAAGUAACUUAGAUAAUUGGGUUACAGCAUUUGUGAGUGAAUGUUAGUAGAUUUUUAUUAAUCAUAACUGUUACGAUUAAAUGAAAAAAACAUUUGACGUUUUUAAAAUUAUAGGAAAUGCUAGCUUGGGAAAUUCAAAUUAAUAGAUUAUGUCUCAAUAUUGCUCAUACAUGUUACAGUUAUUUUCAUAAGCCAUUCCCUUGAACAUUAAACUUGAGUUUACUAAUUAACACCCUCUUAAAAACUUUUCUAUAUUAGAUAUCCUUGAAUAGUGUUUCUGCUCAUUUCCUAGACACUUGGUGUCCUGUCCCAAGAUGGUGUUCUGCGCUUUAUUGACAUCCAUGCCUGUAAACAGCUUUUUGAGAUUGGAGGUGCUGAUGAGGUAAUAGGAAAGAUUCAUAAAAUGCUCACAGUGGUUAUGGCCCAGUUCAGUCCACUCCAUUUUCUUGUAUUUGGUGACUGAACAUGAUUAUGUUAACUGACGUGACCAUUCUACAAUAUCAAAGGAAAAUUGAUAAAACUGCAUCAUUACCUGGACUCCCAAAGCAAGAGGUAUCUCAAACAGACACAAGAAAAAUAUCUAGAUUGGUGUGGAUUACCUCCACCUUUCAUUGUGUGAUGUAUAUGUCAUGAAGCUGUCUAACUGAAUCAAACCUCAUCAACAUGUAUCUACUUUGAGUUCAAAAAAAUAGUGUUUGAUGUAAAUGCUAAAGAGAAUUAAAGUAUUUUUCAAACCAAGCGAAUAAAAUCAAACCAAUUGGCAACAAUGUUCAUCAUCAGUGUACUGUUUGUGAUCACAUCUGGUUGUUGAACAUUUUUGUUUGGAGAGGGCCUGGAGGUUUGUAAUCUCCUGUAAGUUAAUGAUGUUUCUGGUUACAAGAUAACUCAUGACGUCUUUUCUUUUCCAUUGCUAACAGAUUAUUAACAACUUCAGUAUCAGUUCAAAUGGCCGAUAUGUCGCAGCCGUAAUGGACAAUGGUAACAUCAAUGUUUAUAGUGUUCCAGCAUUAUCACAGCAGUUUUCCAAGGUAUUUUCAAAGAAAAUAAAAAUCAUAGUUAAUUUCUAUAUCAUCGAUCAAUAUAUGUGGUGUACCAAAGCUUUGCCAUGGGUCAUUCUGUUGUGGUCUCUAGCAAGCCACUCCACUCUCUCUGAUUUUGUCUCCGUUAUGAAAUUUUAUUUAUAAAAACGCUAACAGUAAACUUUUAGUGAGACUUGAUGAAUUUCUGGCUAAGGAAAGCUUAAAAUAGGCAGGUAUCUCAUCCAGAGGGAAUUAUAUCUCUGCUUAUCACUUUAUGCUACAGGAGCAGUUAAGGCCACCAGGCCCGUAAAAUGAAAUCCUGACUAAAAUAAUGUCGGUCCUGCACAUGUGUAGUUUUGUGCACACAAGGCACUUUUAACACUGAUAUUACUGUGUAGUACUUGAGACUAGCCUGUAAAUUGGAGGUUUAGCAUCCUAUGUGUACAUGUUUUUCGAAUGAUUGCAUUCUCAGUCAUUUUUCGUUUAACAGCCGCCCCCACCAUUGGUUAAAACCGUGUGGGAAGAGAGAUCACAUUCACGGCAAAGCGCGAAAUCCAAUCAGUCAUUAGGCAGUGCCAUGACUAAAGUUGGUGGAACACCAAAAAGGAGCCGGACUAGAUCACCUGUAAAAUCACAGCGUCAAAAAACUGAGGUUUCUGCAACUUGGACGAAUGCAGACUCGGGACUUGAGGUACAACUGUUUUUCUGAAUUGUAAUAGUUGCCUCCAUUGUUGUAAAUGUAGAUGUUCGUGAACAUAUUGCUAGACUGGUGGUCAAUUUGUGUAUCAAACCUUGAUUGCUUUUCACAAUUGUGCGUAAAUCUUGCAAUAGACGGAGCUUCCAGAGGGACUCAAUCAAGCAAGGCUCAAGUCGAUUCUUCAAGGCUAUGGCGAAUAUCCUGCUAAAUAUAGGUGAGUUUUCAAAAUGCCAAGUAGGUAGGAUGUUAUGCUUGAAGAUUGGUGACUCAUACAGCAGAUUUUCCAGUUAAAGAUGUCAUAUUUUCAGCAGCUUUAGUGCUCACCUAUGAUAAAAGAGACCAGAAUUCUCCACUGGAAAAGAAAAUGGAUCUCGUCAUUCCAUUUGCAAGGUUUUGUUAAUCUUGGGACUUUAAUUGGAAUGAUCAAAUUUUUCGAUUCUUCUCGGCUUUUCUGUCCAUUUAAAAUUGGUCCCUCGGUCGUGAUGUUUGCAUGUAUAAGAUGUCUAACGCAUGGUUUGUACUAGAAAAACUGGUGAUGUUAUGAUCAUAAAACGUAAAGGUUCAAGAGUGUUUGCGGCUAUGAUCUUUAGCCCGCAGAAUGGGCGCCUUUUUUGCGUAUUGAGGUGAGCGCGUAUCCCUCCCCUAUCGCGCCUGACUACCUCUUUAUGCUCUUUUCCUUGCUCUCGCCUCGUACUUACUCUGGCUGGCAUAAAAGUUAAAAAAUGACGCCUUUUGUGGAGGCUGAUUAUAAUUUACUUACAUGUGCCAAUCAGACUCUACACUGACUAACCUCUUACAAAAUUUUUGAAGUUGAAACGAAACUAAACUUAGCACUUUUCUGUAGAUAUAAAUGUAACAUUUCCGUAUUUUUGUCUCCUUAGAAUGUUCAUUUGGCGGUCUCUUCUCAACCUUCCUGAGAACCAUGCGGCUUACAGCAGCUUGGUGGACAAGGGAACUCACAGUGCUUUUGUGAGAAUCCAUGAAGAAUAUCCUAUCAAGAGUAGAAAGCUACUGAGAGUCCUCCAGAGGUUUGUAUCAAUUGGCAAUUUCGAUGUAGUCCCUCCGAAGGUUGUGAUAUCUUGGAGAGACUGAGACAAGCCAUGCCCUCUUCCCUCAACACAUGCCACACGAAAAAGAGCAGCAAUUUUGGCAUCAAUUGUGACUUCUGUAUCAUGGCGUGCAUUGAUUUUUCUGCAUUAUCUAAGGACAAGGAUUCCAGCGAAUUUCAAUUUAUUCUUUGUUUUUUUCCUUUUUUUUAGUUUUCAAACAAUUAAUAACCUUUUUUUAAGCUACAUCCCUUAUGAUACUGCAAAAUCACACGACAAGAGAAACCUUUCUUUCACUUAUUUUGUAAUUUCGUUGUAGGACGCUGUCGGCCUUAGCUCACUGGUCAGCCAUAUUUGGUGAAGUAGACUACCUGCCUCUGCUGUCCUUUCCUUUCGUUAAACUCUUUCAAAAUAACCAGCUGAUCUGCUUUGAGAUGAUAGCAACGAUCCUGAGUAAGUAACGCGAUGAAAUUUGAAGCUGUUACGGGUAGUUUCCUGAAAAUGACGCCACGUGUAGGAAAACUCAAUCUCUCAACCGGAUCAUCCAUUUGCUUUUAAAAUUGUUUUGUAGGGUUUCUUUUUUAUUUCAUUCAAACGAGCCAUUGAUUGAUAAUGAUUUAGUAAUUAAGUGUUAAAAAAUGGGCCUGAUCUUGAACUGUAACUUGAUAUUUACAAACUUUUGCGGACCAAGAUGGCUGUGAUCUCUGUUUGGAACCAAUUUUUGCAACUUUUUGCACAAUCGUGGUCAUUAACAAUGAAGCAAACCCAAUAUUUUCAACGUUUUUACUUGUUACGUCACAGCAUAAAAUGUGGUCAAGCUUCUCCGAUGUUUUUUUUUUAAUUAUCAUUUUUCUUCCUUUUCCUUCAGCAAACUGGUGCCAGCAUUGGUUCGAAUUUUUUCCAAACCCUCCUGUGAAUAUCCUUGGGAUGGUGGAAAAUAUACUUGUUCAUCACGAUAAAAGAUUGAUGGAACACUUUGUCAACUGUAAUGUCACAUCACAGGUGACAUAUGCUUUGUUUUGCUUUCCAGUACCGACUGUGUGUCGACUGUCUUGACUAUUUUGAUUGAUUUCGUCUCUUCCAGAUGUACGCCUGGCCAUUGCUACAGACGCUGUUAUCUGAAGUUCUAACCAAGGACGAGUGGUUGAGAGCUUGGGAUAACAUUUUUUCCAACCAUCCGUCGUUCCUUCUCUUUGUAGUUGUAGCUUACGUCAUCGUUUCACGCAAAGCUCUGUUACAAUGCACGAGGAAAGAGGAUUUUGAGGUUUGAAAUGGUUUGAAAAUACUAAAAAGAAAGUGUUUUAGACAUGACUUUUUGGCUUCGAUGAUGGCCUGGAAUUAAACUGAAUUCUCCUUAAAUGUUUAAUGCACUGUCAGGUAGACAAGUAACAAGAGAAGAAAAUUAUCAGUCUCGAUAUAACACCAAAUUCUCAAGACCAGCUGACCGAGAAAUGUAUUUUGUCAGAUUUGGGAAAGAACCCCCAGAUCUUUGGAUUGAAAGUGUUUAAGGGCGCCUCAUAACCAAUGUCAUUAAACUUAGACAAAUCUUUCGCCUCAAGCUAAGUGUCAAACUUCAGCUUUUGUUGCCUAAGCUGCAUCGGAACAGCAAGAAAGAAGACGAAACGCUCUUUUUUGAAAACUUUAAAUACUUCAUCAAACACUAGUUGAUGGCACAAUGUUCACUACCAUGAACAAAAUCGACUCAUAGUGAACAGAGACUCUAGUAUGUUGCUUAAGUAUCAAAAGAAUAAUUCUCACAGAGUAAAAAUUGUAAUAUUCCAUAGGUAUUCCUGUGCAGAAGGGUAACGAAUAUAAAACUUUUUUCUUCUAACCAGUACUUCUUUCAUAACCGGAAUGCAGUCGACAUUGGUGCAGUUAUACGUGAAGCUUACCGACUGCAGGAUGGCACUCCAGCAGAAGCAAACCCGCAGAGGAUGCUGGAACCAUUCAUGCCACUGACUAAAGGACAAUAUCCGAUCUUCAACAAAUAUCCAAAGUUUAUUGUGGAUUAUCAGGUACAUUCCUUUUUCAAUCAAUCAUACGGUGUUACUUUCUGAAUGAUAUUUGACGGAACGUCUUACUCAUUGGUGAUCACUUGUGAGCGGGAGAUGGUCACUCGCUGUUCCCCCUUCUCCGCCCACCUUGGUAGAAAUUCUCUCUUUCUGAGUAGACGGUCAUUUGACUAGUGAAUGCAAAUUGUUAGCACGAAAUAGUUUCGUAAUCUGUGGUUCUUUUAUGAAAGGUCCAAGAAAGAGAACGUAUACGCCAGGAAGAACUGGAGUAUUUGAGACAGAGGUAUGGUCCAAAGUCGUUUUUCAAAGAGACUGAUGAAGUAAAGAAGUAGACGUAAAGUGACGAAUUCUAAUUGACAGAAACCCUUGAAGACAAACCAGAAAUCAAAGGAUCAAAAUAGAAAAAAAACUUCGAGAAAAAUUUGAGUAUAGUGAUAUUUUCUCCUUUUCUUGUUCUCUCGGACCAUUCCGUAUUCAAUAAGUAUGUAUUGUGGUGAAGUCACUCUUACCAUCACAUAAAGUUUUCUCUAGAUAUGUUUUAAAAAACCGUUGUGAAAUCGUCUGCAAGGUUAAACAAACACCAAAGAGGAAAGGUGCGAAGAUGAUUAAGGAUGAGGAGGGUUGUCACGAAUUUCAAAUCAGUGACGAAAAUGAAAAUUUUUGCCUUUAGAUGAACAAACCGUGACAUAGCCCUUUUAGACAUUAGCAGCCUUUUUUUCUGAUAUGACAGGCAACUGGCCCAGGAGAUGAAAGAGGUAGCAGAUCAGCGCAAGCAAGAAGAGGAAGCGUUUUAUCGACAACAAGAGCUCAUGAUUGACGCUGAGAAUCAAAGAAGAAGAAUGAUCGGUCAGGAAGAACAGAAACUGAGCGAUCAGAGAAGCAGGUUGGUAAAAAAAGGAGAAGGUUAGGUCUUGCACACGAGCUGAGUGGUCCACUCUGCUAGAGCUUAUACAGCUUAUACAGGUUUCUGUAAUAUGAACGACCAGAACACUGUAACUCUUCUCUAUGCAGCAUGCUGCAUAGAAAGGAAUAAUGAGAAAAAAGAUAUCGAACCGUAAAUGUUUAUUGUCAGAUGUUUAUUGUCAGAUGUUUAUUGUCAGAUGUUUAUUGUCAGAUGUUUAUUGUCAGAUGUUUAUUGUCAGAUGUUUAUUGUCAGAUGUUUAUUGUCAGAUGUUUAUUGUCAGAUGUUUAUUGUCAGAUGUUUAUUGUCAGGUGUUUAUUGUCAGAUGUUUAUUGUCAGGUGUUUAUUGUCAGAUGUUUUUUCUAGGUUGCAGGCAAUGAAACGAGAGAUUCAUCUACGAGAGCUGCAACUGCUGGACGCUGUUCGUAGACGUUUCAUGCAUCAUCAGCAAACACUUAAAGAAGCGGAGCUACAAAGACUUGAUGACGAGAUAGAACGUAAGGUCAGUACAACCACAGGCACACCAGCAAUACCGCUCAAGGUCAUCAAAUGUUAGGCCACGGCCUACUGACAUCUUUACCGAUGCCUGCGAGCUCAGUUUAUUUUUGUCUGUUAACUAACUAUUCUAUUUACCUAAUAAGAGUAAGUAAUUGUGUUAAGUUUAAACGAGACUUGUUUCAUCCUAUGACGGUUUUAGGCAUUGCUUAGAGAACAAGAAACCAGACACGCUGUAGAAGAUGCUGAGAUAAAAGGACUGGAGCUUCAAGCGCAAAAAGAAAUGCUUCAACAGGUUGGUACAUUUUUUGCCCUGUAAUGGCUCUUUUUCAUCAAAUUGGACUGUACAUCCUUCACUGGACUACUAGUGAAAACUGUUUUGAGUACCGUUCCUCGGACUCCUGCCAUUGUGAGCCUCGAAUAAAGCUCGGUGGCGCCUGGAACGAGAACAAAUUUGAAGCUCACUAAACGUAAUUCUAUGGUUUAUGAAACAGGAUUUGAUCCGAGAUGAGCUGCAGCAUUCCUUUAAGCAGAGAUCAGAGCAAGCGAUCCAACGAAAACAGCAGGAAUUGGAAGAGCAACUUUUUAGGAGGACAAUGGAUGCCGUUCAGGAGGUCGACAUUGAUUCACAAAGGGUAAUGCAACAGAAAAUCUACCGUCUGAGUUGACUCGUGUAGCUUCCUGUACAGUUUGAUUAAUAUACAGAUUUAGCUAAGCCUAAAAGCGAAGCUCGCAUUUUUUUUCCCGCACGAAACUGAGUCGUCCGACUCGGAGCCCAGUGCACUGACCACUGGACUACUGGACAAAGCCGUUGCGUUGGCGUGCCCGCGGUACAGUUGACCACGCAUGCUAAAAGUAGCACCUUGUACAGUCGUAAGGUCGUACAUCCAAAUUUUUUCGACUUGAUGGGUUACUACUAUUUUGUAUAAUUAUGGGGCUACGCGAGCUCCGCUAUUAUUCUGAUCGUCCGGGUGAGAGUGAGGUCAUUUCACUCUGCUCUCACUGAUGCAAUUAUUGAUUCAGAGAUCUAAAGCAACUGCUUGGUUUCUCAUAAGAUUUCCCAAGAAGAAUUGGCUAAUGCCCAGCAGAAACACACAUCCGUCAAUAUGGAAGAAGAAGUAGAUAUGAGGACUAGAAUGGAUGAUCUUCACCGAGAGCUGAAUGAAGUCAAGGUGAGAUAAAAAACGAGAAUUAAACUGAUGAAGGAGGGGUCAACAUGACGGUUAAUUCUGCUAAUCUAACGGUUAGAACCACUUCGUACGAACCUGGGUUACUUUCAAACCGCGGCUGAAUUACUACGAAUAUUGAUUGUUUAAAAGUCGCUCUUAUGUAAGCGGUUACAUGAAACCUGUAACGAUGUAGGGUCAACCCGUCUUAUAACCCUUUUAAGAAGAGGUUAAUAUUUCUUCAAGUUGUUCAUGCAAAAACUUGCCCUACCUGGGUUGGUACUUAAACUCAUAGUGGAGAUGAGAAUGAUCAUCGCAGUAAUGUUUGUUUCUAUAACUGUUUUAGAUUGCCCAGCAUGUUUUGGAGAAUAAGGAAAGAGAGACUGAAGUUCAGUCGCUUGUACAUGAGUUGAGGAAUAAAGAGGUACAAAUUUUCGCUUAAUUUUUUUUAUUUUGGAGUGGUAUUAUACUUACUGGAUGCAUUGUUUUGCAUCCGCCUCUAGAAUUAGUUGGAUAUGAUGAAAACGUUCCAACCUGAUUUUGGUUUUCUUUACCUUUUUGCAUAUCUUUAUAGAAUGACGUUGUGGCUGUGAAACAGUCGGAAGUGAGACAACAGAAAGCUUUGGCAGCCGAGGAGGACAGAAGACGUUUGAAUCUUCUGAGUGCUCUGACACGAGAUCAGACUACGACUACCGACGACUCGGAGUCAUUUUGUGAGUGCAUUUUUCUUUUGAAUAAGAAAUUCUGUUUUAAUGCUGGAGGCUGAAACAUUAGUGGGUGAUUUGUUUCUUCUUUUACUCUGUUUAACGUAGCUCGGCUUAGGGAAAUUCGUCAAAUCCCGGAUCACCCUAGAAAACCGUUAAGUACCAUGCUGCCCAAUAACACAGAGAGCAGCACCACGACAGAGUCAGAAUCCAGCGGAACACCUGUCACUUCUCGAGGUAAAACUUUUAGCAUUCAAAGAACCUUUUAAUUGGACCAAAAGAAGUCUUUGCAAAUGUGAAAAAAAAAACAAUACGUGGCUCUUCAGUUACAGUAAAAUAUUUUCUUGAGUAAUGAGGUCAUGAAGUAAACAAUUCGUCUGUUGCGUGGCAUGUGGUCUGAACAGUACAGUGAAUUAAGAAUGUUUACUUCUGAAGCAUCAUUAAUUUUUUAAAAUGUAUCUUUAAACUCGAGGUUCAAACUUGAUCCGAUCACAUUUUAAUUAGACUUUUUUUUAAUGCUGUUACAGAACCUUCCCUUGAACGUCAGCGAGCAACUUUUGAGAAACGUGAACUGGAACUCAUGGCUGAGGUGAGAGAUUUGAGAAAAAGACUCGCUGCCAGACGGCAACAGCGCCCACCUCCUUUUCAUGGAAAUACACAGCAAUGACGAUAAGAUAGAAGCACAACUGAUUUUAUUCAUGAUUAUCUCGCAUUUUCCUGAAAGUUAUUUUGUAAAUACUUUUUAAGUACCCAAGUUUUGUAUAUUCCCACGGUAAUGGUUACUUGCAGAAGAGCAUUACGUUCCUUUGUUACUCCAAAUGAGUGGUGAAUUUCUUAUUUCAAAAUAGUAGGCUUGAGGGUACAAGAAGAGCCGUUUGUUCUUUUGAAAAUACUCUGGCAUCCUACAAACCAGCAGCCUUUAUAUGUAUAGAUGUAUAAUUACAUCAGAAUAGCCAAUUCACCUCCAAGUCUCGUUUUCAAAGUAGGGAGUGAUUAAUUUUAUCCUCUACAUUUGACUUGUUAUCGUCUGGAAAUUGUAACGAAAGUACUCCAAAAUCUCUGACGUGAACAGGAUUCCAUCGUGAAAACAACAAGAAAGUUUCAAAUGCUUAAGUAUGUACUGUAAACGAAACAUGGAGAAGUUUCAGUUAAAAGUAUCAUCAUGCGCAAGGGCUUUUGACUGUUACUGAAACACUGGCACACUUGUUAAUGAGAAAGAUACGUGUACGUUAAGUUGCCUAGCAACACGGCUCUCAUUAUUCGCAAGCUCAUGGUGAAUAGGCUAUCCUGAUCCUCGUGUACCUGGCUCGAAGAUACUGGGCAAUAGUACGGGAUCAAUGUUACAAGCCAAGAAAUUGUUUAAGUUAACUAAAUAAACUUUAAAAAAUAUGGACUUUGUUGAGGUAGCUUUUCCAAUUUUUUAUAGAUUUUAGACUGUACCAGUCUUUUCUCGGGGUCGAUGAGAGCUUUGUUACACGAAGAUUAUGAGUAAAAAUCAGAAAACUCUUUUCAAGAGCGGUUUUCCAAACUUUCCUCUCGAUUUCUAAGUUGGUCAUGUGGUUAAACAAUCUAUACACUGAAAGGUUAGUCUUCUGUCAUACUCCCUUUAAAAGUUUUAGCACUUUUUUUUAACUCAUCUAAACAUAGGUUGUUUUUAUACAGUUUUGAUAAAGAAAAUUUGCUUUUUACAAUACAUAAUCUCAACGUGGCGUACAGACAGGUGUGGUCCUGUGGAGAGAGAAUCGUAUGAUUAGUCCAGAGUUUAUCUCGUCAGAGCGUGGACGAGAUGAACCAAGUAAUGUUGCUGGUGAAAAUUUUAGUAACUCUCUCCUUAAGCCGUGGAAGCCAGUUUGGAUAAAUUUCGGCCGAGAAGUUAAUCAUUCAAGGUCGUUUCAAAAGAUGUAAUAGCACCUUAGCAAAUAUAAAGAAACAAUCAAAGCAG